GCCUAUACUUUCCGCAUUUAACUUGGAUGACAUUUUUAUUUCAUCAUUAGCAUCAGACGCCAGACUGACUGACACGGUGGACCCCAGUUUGCGUUUUGACGAAAGAGCCCGGAGUGAGACAUCUCCAUGUUUCUACAUGAUUUUUUUUCGCUAAAACAUUUUUAUUUGAUUAUUGUUCCAGCCUAGAAGGACGCGUGUUUUGACGCUCUCUCCAGUUGUGAAACCGAGUCUCCUGCGUUAAAUCGUUGAGAAGAAUAAAACAGGGACUCCUCGCAGCCAGGAUAUCGACUGUCUGUAAGUCAGCCUUGCGUUUUUCUCUUUUUGAUUCCUGCUUCCGUGGUCCUCUGCGUUCAGACCACAAACACAGCGAUGCCAGAGACAACGCAAGAGACGUGCGCUUCGGCCAAGGACUCUCCUUUCUUUAUUAAGAACCUGCUGAACUGUGAUAGCAAACCGUCCAAACCCAAGCCCGUACUGGCUGCCUCUAAGGUGGCCUUGGAGGGAGGAUUUUCCCUUUCCCAGGUCGGAGACUUCAACUUUCCCCGCUUCGACCUGUCCGCACAGAGGUUCAGUCUGCCGGCUCACUACCUGGAGCGCACCUCGGCGUGGUGGUACCCUUACGCACUCAGCCAAUCUGCCCACCUACACAGAGCCGAAGUCCUAAACAAACUCGGAGCCAGAGACUGCUCUCCCACCUCGGGCACGGACAGAGACUCGCCGGACCUGGUUCUAAAAUCCGAGCCGGAUGUCAAAGACGACGAUGAUGAGAGUGAGCACAACAACAACAAAAGUGGCGACGAGAUCAUCCUGGAGGAGAGCGACACGGAUGAAGCCAAAAAAGACGAGCUGGAGGAGUGGAAGAAGAGGGACGACGACAAGAAGCCGUGCCGUAAGAAGAAGACGCGCACGGUGUUUUCCCGGAGCCAGGUGUUCCAGCUGGAGUCCACCUUCGACAUGAAGCGGUACCUGAGCAGCUCGGAGCGGGCCGGCCUGGCCGCGUCUCUGCACCUGACGGAGACCCAGGUGAAGAUCUGGUUCCAGAACAGGAGGAACAAGUGGAAGAGGCAGCUGGCCGCGGAGCUGGAGGCCGCCAACCUGAGCCACGCGGCGGCGCAGAGGAUAGUCCGUGUGCCCAUCCUGUACCACGAGAACUCGAUCUCAGAGAGCGGGGCCGGCGUGCCCGUGAGCCAGCCGCUGCUCACCUUCCCGCACCCCGGGGUCUACUACUCCCAUCCCAUGCUCACCUCCGUGCCGCUGCUCAGACCGGUCUGAAAAGACAAGCGUUUUCAAAAUCAACCGAAAAGUUAAAAAAAAAAAAAAAAAUACUAAUAUUUUUCUACUGACUGAAUGAAGAAAAUCACAAAGUAAAGAGACACUGUCAGGCCUAUAUGGACCUUUUUCUUGGCAAAUACAUUGUGUCAUUUUCCAAAAGGGUACCGUUUACACGUGAUUCGACAACUCAAAUCCCAUAAUUAAUAUUAUUAUUAUUAUUAUUAUUAUUAUUAUUAAAUAUCACCUCAGGAGUCCACCUGCUUACACUGCCUGCAGCCUGAUGAGUGUUCUUUUUAUUUUUUCACUAUAGUUUUUGAACAUGACUGUUUCGGGACAGGCCAACUCUACAACUGUAACCAUUUAUUUUUGUUGUUUACAAAAAAAAAAAUGGUGGCCAAGAGGCGCCUGAUUUGUUUUCAGCUGACAAAAUUAUUUUCAUACUUUUACAUUUUCAGAACUCAUUACACGGUGAUGUGCAAUACACUGACGGUCUGCUGUGAAUGAAUGAAUCCACAAAACAUGUCUUAUCAUCUUUUGACUUUGGGUAUUGAUGAGGCUUUGUUGUAAUUUCCUUUUUUUUGGGUUCCUUUUUUAAAUCGCUUGACGGGGACAAUCAAGACACUGUCAACUGUAAAAUACCCAUGUAGCUUUAUGUUUAGUGAUUCUCACUCUUGUUCCCUUUACAUGGACCAACUUUCAAGCACAAGUGUGAGCUCCAAAUGUCUUUUAAUCUACUUUGUGUUUUUGAACAGGAGUGGAAAAAUAUCGACUACACUGAUGUAAAAAAUAUGUAAAUGUAUAUAUUUAAUGAGGCCCGAGGAGAGGAGCUGCCACUUCUCCUUUGUACAGUAAAAACGUUUUGAUAUUGUAUUGCUGAACCAUGUUGUGAAAUAAAUGGAGAACAUUCCUUACAUUUUA